AAGACCUUCCCGUUCCUCAGCCUGCCGCCUGAACUACGUGUCAUGGUCUAUAAAUGUGUAUUCGAGGAUCAAACCCAGCUGCCACGGAGUCACUCGCUACGCAACGUAUCACACUUGGUCCACGACGAAGCAACUCCACUGGCACUACGCUAUAUGAUCAUGGUGGUU